CGUUGUUGACCAUCGUAACGUCGCUGCCGUCCUCUAACCUGAUCGUGACAUAUCGCGCGGCGCGAUCAACGAUAUCAGGGGACCCACGCACGAAAAUGAUUGUCAUUGGAGACAGUGUUACAUAUAUCUCGUGUAAACGAACGGUUAAGAUCUGUCCAGACGGACCCAUUCGCGUUUUAUAAAGCUGAGUCUUCUCAUUGGACGCUGUCACUAGAGCGCAUCUUCAUGGGAACGACGACGCGUGUUGAAACGUCAUCGUCACACGAAUAGGUUAGGUCGGACAGCGUUUCGUACUACUUCGUGCUCCACUAGCCCAGCCCGCACAUGGGUCUUUGACGAAUCAUUUGUGUGAUUUUUCUUACGGUUCUAAACCUAUACAGUUCGUUACGGACCAACGAAGAAUUCGUCUUUACGAGAGUAUACUAAUUUAAGCGAGACAUGGUGUUAUCGUGUCGAUUUUACAAGGAGAAGUAUCCGGAGGUGGAGGAUGUGGUAAUGGUGAACGUACGCAGCAUUGCCGAGAUGGGUGCAUAUGUGCAUUUACUGGAGUAUAACAACAUUGAAGGCAUGAUCCUGCUUUCCGAACUCUCCAGGAGACGUAUCAGAUCUAUUAACAAGCUUAUUCGAGUAGGUAAAACCGAACCGGUUGUCGUGAUUCGUGUAGAUAAGGAAAAAGGUUACAUUGAUUUAAGCAAGCGUCGCGUAUCUGCCGAAGAUGUGGAGAAGUGUACAGAGAGAUACGCUAAAGCUAAAGCUGUUAAUUCAAUUUUAAGACAUGUAGCAGAAUUAUUGCACUAUGAUAAUGAUGAUCAACUAGAAGAGCUCUAUCAGAAAACGGCCUGGCAUUUUGAAGAAAAAUACAAGAAGCAAAAGGCAUCUGCUUAUGACUUUUUUAAACAAUCAGUAUUGGAUCCCUCCAUUUUAGCAGAAUGUGGUCUAGAUGAACACACAAAGGAGGUGCUGUUAAAUAAUAUCAAGCGGAAACUCACCUCGCAAGCGGUUAAAAUUAGAGCAGACGUAGAAGUAGCGUGUUACGGCUACGAAGGGAUCGAUGCUGUGAAAACUGCGCUAAAGGCUGGCUUAGCUCUUUCCACUGACGAACUUCCCAUAAAGAUUAAUUUAAUUGCUCCUCCGUUAUAUGUUAUGACGACGUCUACACCGGAAAAGCAGGACGGUUUAAAAGCAUUAGGUGACGCGAUCGAAGUAAUACAGAAUAAAAUAACAUCCCUCGGAGGUGUAUUCAAUGUGCAAAUGGCACCAAAAGUCGUUACCGCAACAGAUGAAGCGGAAUUGGCACGACAAAUGGAACGAGCUGAACUCGAAAAUGCGGAAGUUGCCGGUGACGAUGAGGAAGAGGUCGAAGGAAUGGAGGGUGAUUUCAGCGGUGGCGAAGGUACUGAGCAUAAUGGCAAAGGUAUCGAACAGAAUGGCAAAGGCAUAGAUCAGAAUGAUAAAGAAGAUAUGUCCGAUGAAGAUAAUUGAAUAUAAAUAUAUAAUUUGUGAGAUUAAUAAAGUACACAUUCGGUUAACUGUCAGAU